GAAGUCAGACCUCGAGGUUUCAGCUGUAUCCACUCUAUCAGUAGAUUUGCUCAGAGAGGAAAUAGCACAGACCAUCAGACAGAAGUUCCCAGACACACCUGAAGUUCAGCUUGCACAGAGUGUGACAACCAGGGGCAUUACAUACAGGAAGGGUAUGAUACUGGCCCACAGAGCAACAGGUGGACUGCCUGAUUUCAGUGAAAUUGAACAGAUCUGCAUUUUACACAACAGUGUAUUUUACAUCGUCAUUGAGCUCUGUGGUUGGUACAGACAGCAUUACAGAGCCUUUGAACUCAGUCCAUCACCCACAAGAUCAUUCACACUCGUGGCACCCAGUGAACUCCUUGAUAUCUAUCCACUUGUUGACUACAAGAUUGGAUCAGCUCGCAUGGUGACUUUGAAAAGACAUAUUGAAAUAAAAGAGUAAAGGACUUGACCAUGCCUGUGAUUGUGAAGAUCUUACUGACUGAUGGCAGCUGUCAGAGGCUGAGUCUUGCACAUGGAGUCCCUGAAUCUCUUGAAGACCUUAUGGCUGAAGUCAAAAAACAAUGCAGCCUUCAGGGAAACAUCAGACUUCAGUUUAUGGACUCGUUGUUUGGGAAUGAGUUCAUGAACUUAACUUCUGUUUCAGAGGUGGAGGACAGAGGGACUCUACGAGUAAUUGAUUUGUCAAUGCCCACAAUGCAACAGGAGAGCUCUCCAUUCCAACACCUCCAAGAAUCAAGUCCUUCCUCAGCAAAUGACCUCUCAUCACCAUUAGGUCAACCUGUGGAUACAGAUAUACUGUCCUCAAAUGAGUCUACAAGCUCACGGUCCUCCUGGCCAGAUGUGUUUCAUGUACCCAAGUUCUCCUAUGACGCAGAAUUAAAACUUCAGCAGGCAGGUUUAGUUUACAUUCAAAAUGGCACUGUACUCAUUCCAGAUCCCAAGUUGAAGUCAGCCAUCCUUGAUGGGUUAGUGCAGGAAAUUGUGCAGUAUAAAGUCUAUGUUAGUGAUAAGGAGAUGGAACAAGUAGCCCAGAGUCUCAUCAAGAAACAUCCAUGUCUAACUCAGAAGGGGUCCAGUACUGGAUAUGGAGGAUGGAAGAUGAGUUUAAAAUAUAAACUAUCUAACUACCGCACACAACUGAGAAAACUGGGAUGCCCAGAAGUGACAGUGAACUCUUUAAAAAACAAACCUGCGGGAAAGCGCAGCGCAGCCUUUGGCAUCAAAAAGGCAAAAAGAGCAGAAGUUAAUUUUUGCCCAACAUACCCAUCAGCAGAAACUGAGGAGAGUCUAGAAUCCAUGCGAAAAGCUUUACUCUUGGAUGUUGGGAAGAGGAACAACCGAGAGGCUGUGAAGCUCAAGAUGGAAAAAACUUUCGCAUAUAGAAGACAUGAGAUUGUUCGUGACGCACCGAUGGUGGAAGAUUUUAGGUUGAGAUGGCCUGCUUUGUUUGAAGUCAGUGAGAUCAACGCUGAAUUCAAGAGAAUCACCACUGUUCCGCUUCAGUCCAAGUUCCUGUCUCAGCUAGACCUCCACUCCGACAAUCUGAUAAGGCUGUUCCAAAGGAGAGGAGGACAGCUAGGGGAAAAGCUCAAAAGAGUCGCUGCACAAAUCGCUGUUUGUGAUGAUAUAGAUGCUGGACGAGAGUGUAUCAUCAAAGGAGUCUGUGUUUACAUGGGCGAAGAUCCAGAUAACCUUCUACGGGAAUAUGUGAGCCUUGAUGACAACACCAUCAACGAGGCCAUCGCAGACACCACUGUUGGGAUCUACAUCAUCAAAGAAUGUGCUUCCAGUGGUAACAUUGAGGACAUUGGCAUUGUUCUGGAAGGCAUCAAGGUGUUGAAAUAUCUUGAUAAUGUAGCAUUAGCUGUUGCUAUGUUGUUUGGGCUGAUGUAUGUGCUCAACCUGAACUACCCUGCUGACCUCCGCUACACCUUUGAAGUUAUCCAAAAGAUUUGGAUGGAACUAGAUGCAAGCAAGCUUUCCAACAAAGCACUUGCUUUGAAAAACAGGCUCUCUGAGUGAACUGGACUAAAUGAUGACUGCACUCUUUUCUUUUCUUUUUUUUUUGCAAAUCUAUGUCAUCUAUCUGAUGCUGCAAUGGUGGAUAAUUUUAUGGCAAGAUGGCCUGCUUUGUUUCAUCCUCCAACCAAAGACAGUGUUCACAGGAUUAUAACCAGGUUACUUUUUUUGAAAACUAGCUCUUGCCAGUUUGUGGCACAUUUAGUUAAUGGGUUACAGUAAAAAAAAAAAAACUUUUAUUACUGUUGUUGAUAUUUUACAUUUGCUCUUAAUGAUGCUUUUAACAGUUCACAAUAUGUUUGAAUCUACCACUACUGUAAGUGACUGAAGUGUGUCCAACAGAGCACUUUUUUUGGCAAAUCUGUCAUCUAUCUGAUGCUGUUCACAAGACUGUGAACGUCAGGCAUGGUGGAUGAUUUUAGGGCAAGAUGGCCUGCUUUGUAUCCUACAACCUAAGAUGGUGUUCACAGGGAUAUAACCAUUGUUUUGUUUUUUUUUUAACACUAGAUCUUACUUGCUAGUUUGUGGCAUAUUUGGUUACUGGGUUACAGUAAAAAUUUUAUUGUAACUGUAUGCCUGGUAUUUUAUUUUUGCUCUUAAUGAUGCACUGCACAGUUUACAAUAUUUUGUAAGUUGUACUACUGUAGUUUUGAAUACACUGAUAUUCUAAUGGUUACAGCUUUGUAUUUCUAUGCUGAAAUUACUGUAUGGCAACUGCACUUAAGUCCCUUUGUUUGUGAUUUGCAAAGAACAGUAAAUUUUGUUUUUUAAAAGCAAA